UAACAAACGACUUGCUCUCAGCUAAAAGUGUGUUGGUUCGCGUACGAACGAUCGAAAGAAACAGACAAAUUUCCAACAUUUGUCACAUAUUUUGCAUAAUUAUUGCAUUUUUCAUUAAGUAAUAUUUUAAUAAUACCAAAUUAUUGCAAAACAAACGAUGGCUGCUAGCUCGAGAGUUUUGCUUAAAGUACGCGAGAGCUUGGUAUCCGCUGUACGCCAUGGCUCCCAAUAUAGCCAAACACGUGCCAACUUAAUGUUGACCGAAAACUCACGUGUCAUCUGCCAAGGCUUCACCGGCAAACAAGGCACCUUCCACAGCCAACAGGCUUUGGAAUAUGGCACCAAAUUGGUGGGUGGCAUUUCUCCCAAAAAGGGUGGCACCACCCAUUUGGGUUUGCCUGUAUUUGCCAGCGUUGCUGAAGCCAAAAAGGCCACAGAUCCUCAUGCUACCGUCAUUUAUGUGCCUCCUCCUGGAGCCGCUGCUGCCAUUAUGGAAGCUUUGGAUGCUGAAAUUCCUUUGAUCGUUUGCAUCACCGAAGGUGUGCCCCAACACGACAUGGUGCGCGUCAAAAAUGCCUUGUUGAGCCAAAACAAGUCACGUUUGGUUGGUCCCAAUUGCCCUGGUAUUAUUGCUCCCGAAAGAUGCAAGAUCGGCAUUAUGCCCGGUCACAUUCACAAGCGUGGCAAGAUCGGUGUAGUCUCAAGAUCCGGUACCUUGACCUAUGAAGCUGUCAAUCAAACCACUGAAGUUGGUUUGGGCCAAACCUUGUGCGUUGGCAUUGGUGGUGAUCCCUUCAACGGCACCGAUUUCAUUGAUUGUCUCGAAAUCUUCCUCAAGGAUCCCGAUACCAAGGGUAUUAUAUUGAUUGGUGAAAUCGGUGGUGUUGCCGAAGAACAAGCUGCUGAAUAUUUGACACAACACAACACUGGAAUGAAAGCCAAGCCAGUUGUCUCCUUCAUUGCCGGUAUCUCUGCCCCACCCGGCAGAAGAAUGGGUCAUGCUGGUGCCAUUAUCUCGGGCGGUAAAGGUGGUGCCGGUGACAAGAUCAAGGCUUUGGAAAAGGCCAAUGUCAUUGUCACUAGGAGUCCCGCACAAAUGGGCAAGGAAUUGUAUAAGGAGAUGAAACGUUUAGAAUUAGCUUAGGAAUUAGAACUGCGCCAAGCGAAAAGUUGUAAAACAAACAAAUGAUACAUAAACAAAGAAAUUUAACUCAUCAUAAACUCAAAAAUAAAUUAAUUUAAAAUAAAACCAA